AAAUCUGCGAUGACCGCAUUCGAGACGAGAUAGCACUAUUGCCUAGCAUAUAUCAGAUUAUCUUGAAUCACGUAUUGCGCUAUAUUCGAAGCGAUUGGCAUUGGUCGUAAAAUGAGUUCCAGGGUGAGCUUGCACAGUUCUUCCAGGUGGGAAAUUCUCACGCGAGUCGCGGAGGCCGCUUCGAAGUUUUUGCUGUCACAGUGUCAUUUUGCAACGGUGAGCUGUUUUUCCUGCGAAUACAUGGCAACAAACCAGCACCACAGGUUCCCAACUGAGAAGAAAUUAUCACGUGAACAUUUCUGACAUGGCUGUCGUCGAUGUACGCCGCCCCAAUGGCCCACUGUACCAGGAUAUGGACGGCGUGAUACGCCUCAGCCGAAACUUCACUGUCGAAAUGCUGCGCUCCGCGCUCAAAUAUAAGCCGCAGCCAGACGACAAGUUCGUCGUCACGUAUCCGAAGUGCGGGACAACCUGGACACAACACAUUGGGUUCUUGAUCUUCAACAAAGGCGUGCCCCCUUCCAGUGGCCUGGAGUUCUUCAACAGAAGCCCAUUUAUCGAGAUGCUCGGUGCCGACAGUGUGCGGGACAUGACACGUCCCGGAGUGAUCAAGACGCACCUUCCUUACCACCUCAUGCCCAUGCACCCACAGGCCAAGUACCUCUACGUAUGCCGCAAUCCUAAGGACACUUGCGUGUCCUUGUUCUACCAUACACGGGGUUUCACCGGAUACGACUUCGCCGACGGCAAAUUCGACGACUUCUUCGAGAUCUUUGUGUCCGGCGAGACCGACUACGGAGACUAUUUUGACCACGUCCUAGGUUGGUACGAGCAUCGCAACGACCCAAACGUCCUCUUCCUGCACUACGAAGACAUGAAGGCCCAGCCACGAGAGAGCGUGCUCAAGAUUGCCGAGUUCUUCGACCAGAGCUAUCACAAGUUGUUGCUGGACAACGAGGACAUCCUUCAGAACGUGAUCAAAUACAGCGACGUCAAAUCCAUGAAGGACUACGCCUUGCGGAACUUCACCAACUUCUUCACAAACCAAAUAGAUGGAGAAGCGCCCGAGGGUCUCAGAGUCUUCCAUGGGGUAUCGCAGAAGAAUCCGUCUACUGCUAGUUUUAUCCGGAAAGGCAUUGUCGGAGACUGGAAAAAUCAUUUCUCGCCAGAACAAAACGCCAGGCUGGAGAAGGUGACUCUGGAGCGACUAUCCAACACGGACUUGGUGGACACAUGGCGAAAGCAUGGUGUUAUGUAGACGUUUUGUGGCGAAAACAAAGUGCGUCAGUUCACAGUGAUUACGAGUGCAUUAUCAAGUUGCCGAAUUCCCAGUCUAAGCAGCGCCCAUGUUUGAACUUCCUUCAUCUCGUAAAGCUACUUUACUUGCAAGCACACAUUUUCUUUGCACUCAUAACAACACGGCAGCUCAAAAGCACCUUCUUAUAAUCUUCCAGCAGACGUGCUUAGGCCACUUCACUCGAACAAAUUGGUCACAGACGGAGAUCUUGAAUUUUGAGCUGAACAGUGGAAUCGUUACUGUGCUAGCAAAAGCGCUGUUUUAAUGCGAUUAGCAUUCUUAUGAUACUUCACGAACUUUGGGCAGUCUGUCUGUAUGUCGGUUUUUAAUCGUUCUGCUGCCAACUUGGGUCACCGGGUAGGCAAUCCAUGGUCUAAUUGUCUAAUCGGACUGCUGUGCUGAAGGAACACGGUUCGAAACCAAUCGUCGCACCAGCUUCGGCUACUCGGUAUGUGGUAUUGAGUAUUUGCCGCUGUUCGACGAACCUUUCUGAUGCCUGCUUAGAACACUGGGUAUGGGGCACUUGCUUUGUGCCGCUCCUUUAUGAACCUUUCUGAUACCAACUGUGGUCUCCGCAUAUGUUCCACUAGGCAUCUAUUGUCCUUCAGUAACAAAAAAAAGAUUCUUUGAAAUUUCUCCACUGCUCGGUGGCAUCGAAUUCCCUGCGCCACGCGCGAACUUUGCGGCGGCGUCGCCAGAUGGUGCAACGAGUGCUGUGGGAAGCGCCAGAGAGGAGCGCAGCUUCAUGCACGUGUUGGCGUUUGCAAUAUGGUGUGUCACUACAUUUUACUUCAAUUCUAAUCACAUUAACGUCGACAUACAUCGUGGGACGGAUUCUGCCAGAACUUAUAGUACAGUAAGGAAUUUACGGAACAGUAAGGUUACUAACCUAGGGGUACCAGAGGGCUCUAUUCUCGGACCUUUAUUAUUUUUAAUUUACAUUAACGAUCUGUCUGGGUGUCUAACAUCCUCACACUUUGUAUUGUACGAUGACUUGUAUUAUUAACUAUAAUAAAAAUAUUUCGUCCUUGGUUACUAAACUCAAUAAUGACUUAGCUAAGGUUACAAACUGGUGUAUAAAUAAUAAUCUUGUUAUUAAUCCCUCGAAAACCAAGUUCAUUCUAUUUAAUUCACCCCUGAAACCAUCUUGUGCAGUUCCAUUGCUGAAUCUUGGUUCCCAUUUAAUCCCUUCUAGAACUCAUUGCUCCUUCUUAAGGGUAGAACUAGACUCUAAACUCAAGUUUCAUUAUCAUGUCUCGAAUAUGCAAAAGAAAGUUGCUUACGGCAUUCGGUUACCGAUUAGAGCUCGUCAAUUCUUUAACCGUUCUACACUUGUCUCACUAUAUUACGCUUUUAUACACUCACACACUAACUACUCGUUAAUAUGUUGGGGAAAUACAUAUAAUACUCACCUCAGUUUACUUCAAACUUUGCAAAACCAAGCAAUUAGAAUAGUCACCUCUAGUCCCUAUAAUACUAGCGCUCUCCCAUCGCUACGCUCUAAUAACAUUCUGUCUGUCAAAGAAAUUGUGUCGUAUAAUUUGGGUAUAUUUAUUUUCGAGUUAUUGAAUAAUCAAAUUCCGCUGUUCUCAUACCUUUCGUCUUCAUUAAUAGUCAUGUAUAGUUCGAAGUUUUUUGUUAUUUCUAUUGUUGCAUUUAUGGUCAUGUAUAUGUUGAAAUUCUUUUUUUUUUGUAUUGCAUGUUUGGGUAAAAUUUUUUGUCCGUUACUGUCAAUUUCGUUCAGCUCACAUAAUUUUGCUGCAUUUGCUCCUUGCAAUUGUAUAAUUUCCUUCGCUAGAUUUAUUGUACCUCCUAGGGCCCUAUAACGUAAAACUAUUCCAAUAUGUUUUUAUUCCAAUCUCCUGACGUCCAAUUUGCGUACCGCCGACGAAAGCAUCGGGCGGUCACCUGCAGGGUUAUCUGAAGAGACACAUCAAACGCUCUCCUCGUUCAUAGGAGGUCACUUUUGCUUGCUUGAAAAAUGAAUAACAUUGCCUGCCCUGCGCGGCUUGUCUCAUCUAAUUAGCGGACAAGAGGCGAGGAGUACGCUCCAGUGGAGAGGGAUUCGAUGGGGCCGAGCCACUGCACUGAAAAUUGAUAACCGGAUGAAGAGGGUGGUGCCGGCACCUGCGAUUGGUCCGCUUUCCCUUACUUAGCUUGCGGUAGCUGGUAUAAAAUCGCGGCGGCAUGCAGCGGAAGCUUAAGAAUGACGUUGAAACCAUUCCUCAGCAGAGAAGUGUUUGCAGAACGAGGUCGUAAAUGUGCCGAAAGUGCUCGAAAACGCUAGACGGCCGCGCAAAAUGUUUUAUUAUACGCAAAUAAACCCAUGCUCUCCGACAGGUGCGAGUAGCCAGUGGAUGAGCGAUCGGCGGCAGCCAUCUCUUAUUCCCUUUUGGAACGGGGCAGCCUGCGGCUAUUCAGAAGAAAAUUCAGUUUUGUUCGGCAUAUUAAUGCAUCUUUAACGCGUACACGUCAUUUUGACGCGGUGAUCUUUUUUUUCAGUUUUGUGACGUUGCGUUACCGGCAGGUGAAGUGGGUGCAGCUCGAAAACUCUAGACCAAUAGCCGAGGGCUAAUGGCAAAAAGGCGUCGAAUCAAAAAUAACUAUUUUCCUUUGUUCGGUCAAAUCAUGCAUAAUAACUGUAUGCACGUGAUAUCAGAUGGUGAGCUAUCCCGGUUUUCGUGACGUCGCUUGACGGACAGGUGAAGUGGAAGUGGUCCAAAAAUGUUUUUGACCAAUCGCAGAGGGCUUAUUGCAGAAUUGGAAUAGAAAAGUUUGGAAUAGUUUUACGUUACAGCGCCCCUAAUCUUGUUUUGCGUUCUCUAGUACUUACUUUCUUCCAUGUUUCCUUAUAUAUGAUUUUGAUGUAGUUCUCGUUUCUUUAGAAAACGCAUGUUUAUAAAAAACAGGAGGUCCUGAUACAGUCUUUGACUAUGGGACCUCUUUCUGUAUAUUAUUAUUUUUAUAACCUGUAAUGUAUAAUGAAUAAAUCAAUUUCAAUUUUAA